AUGACGUCAGUUCACCCCGGAAGUACAAUACAGGUGCAUCAAGAUUCGGUGAAGAAACAAUUAUAUCCAAGUAGAAAAACAGUUAUAUUACAGAAAAUCAGCCAUGUUUGGAUCAUCUGCUAAAGGCACCUUUGAUCGGAAUAUUGAUAAAGCAGCAAGUCAGCUUUUGUUAGAGCCUGAUUGGGAAGCGACGCUCCAGAUAUGUGAUGCUAUCAGACAAAAAGAUGUCACUCCCAAGUAUGCCUUGGGUAUGAUCAGGAAGAAAUUAUAUGACAAGAAUCCAAGGGUCACGCUCUAUGCUCUACAGGUUUUGGAGUCAUGUGUGAAGAAUUGUGGAACAGGGAUUCAUGAAGAGAUCGCGACCCCUCAGUUUAUGGAUGAUAUCAAGGAACUAGUUCUGUCAAGCAAUGAAGCAGUGAAAAGUAAGACAUUAGAACUGAUCCAGGCCUGGGCCCAAGCCUUUAGGAAUGAACCAAGCCUGAAGAUAGUCUGCGAUACCUUCAGCCAGCUCAAAGGAGAAGGACAUUCAUUCCCUCAGCUGAAAGAGAGUGAUGCUAUGUUUGUGGCUGAAAAGGCCCCAGAUUGGGCAGAAGGUGAGAGAUGUUACACUUGUAGGUCUGAGUUUGGCAUGCUACAGAGACAGCACCAUUGUCGCCAUUGUGGCCAAGUCUUCUGUAGCAAGUGCUCUUCUAAGAACUCCACCAUUCCUAAGUUUGGCAUUGAGAAACCUGUCAGGGUGUGUGACACCUGCCAUGAGAAGCUCCAGGGCAAGUCAAGUUCAAGUAAGUCCUCCAGCUCAAGUGGUAACAAGGAGAAUGAUUUACCAGAUGAGUACCUGAAUAGUCCUCUAGCACAGCAGUCUCAGCUUCCUCCGCAACGUAAUGAGACUGAUCUUCAAGAAGAAGAGGAGCUUCAGUUAGCUAUGGCUCUCUCGCUGGAUGAAGCAGAGAAUAAACAUCUUAUCAAAGGAGGCAAAGCCACUACUUCAAGUACGACUGCUUCUGCUGUACCCAGCUCUGCAUACAACUCUAGCGUCUCAUCUGCUCCAGCCCCAGAACCAGAAUUGGAUCCCGAGCUUGCCCGAUAUCUGAACCGAUCGUACUGGGAGCAGAAACAGCAGGAAAAUCGCAGUGCAAUGCCCUCAGCUCCUUCUGGAGGGGGUGACAUCGUCCCAGCAACGGCCCCACCCUUGUCGCAGUCCACCUCAUCUAUGCCACAGUAUUCUCAGAGUAAGACGUUUGAGGAGCAACAGAAUGGUGCCCCUGAACCAGAGAACCAGGAACUGAUCAAUAACAUGUCAAGCAGCAUCGAUGUCCUGGUGAACCGUAUGAAGAGCGACUCAUCCCGCGGCCGAAGCAUCGCAAGUGAUACCACGGUCCAGGGAUUAUUCCAGGUCUUAUCCAGCAUGCAUCCUCGGUUGCUUAAAAUGCUACAGGAGAAGGAAGAGAAGAGAGCUCAAAUGGAGGCACUGCAGGACAAACUGGCUCAGAUCCGAGAUGCUCGCGAGGCUCUGGAUGCUCUCCGGGAAGAACAUCGUGAAAAGCUAAGACGAGAAGCAGAAGAGGCGGAGAGACUCCGUCAGAUUCAGAUGGCUCACAAGUUGGAGAUCAUGAGGAGAAAGAAACAGGAGAUGCUUCAGUUCCAGCAGCAGCAGGCUUUGCUGAAGAUGCAGGAACAAGAAAGAGAGAGACAGAUGUGGUUAGAACAACAGAAGCAACAACAGCAAAUGAGGCAGAUACAAUACACAGCUUAUGGCUUGGGUGGCAUGAAUCAACCUGGCAUGAUGCCGCAAGGUGGUAUGGUGCCCCCACCUGGUGGAAUGCAACACGCCCCUCCUGGCCAGUUUGUGCAGCAGCAGCAGCAGUAUGGAUCCCCUUCUCAUGCCCCCUAUGGGAUGGCCCCACCCCAGGGGAGUUACCCCAAUGGUCCGCCCCCUCCUACCACCCAGAUGGAUGCUGGCCAGCCAACCACCCAGGUGGGUUACAACCAACCUCCCUCAGGUUACCAGGUACCACUCCAACAACAGCAACAGCCCGCACCACCACAACAACAAAUGCCACCCCAACAGCAGCAGCAACAACAAUACCAGCAACCAAUGGCUGGUGGUGGAGGCUAUCCUUCUGGGCAAUAUGGUGCACCUCCCCAGCAGCAACAACAGCAGCAGCAGCAAGCGCAGCCGCAACCUGGUAGCAUGAAUCAGAGCUUUGGGUCGCCUCACUCAUCGCUUGACUAUCGGCAACAGCAGCAGCCACCACCUCAGCAACCACAAUACCAGCCACAAGCAGGCAACCCCUACAACAUGCAAGCUAUGGCCGGUGCUCUACCACAAGGUCAGGUACCACCACAAGGGCAAGUGCCACCACAAGGGCAGGUGCCACCACAAGGGCAAGUGCCACCACAAGGUCAAUAUGGAUCUCCAGCGCCACAACAGCAAUAUCAACCACAGGGCCAGCAACAGAUGAUGGGUGCAGGUGGCAUGCAGCAGAUGGUUCCACCUGGUAUGCAACAACAACAGCAACCACCCCCUGGCAUGCAACAGCCCCCUCCUCAGCAGCAACGUGAGGACACAUUGAUAUCUUUUGAAUAAUAGUUCAAGGAUAUCUCAUCAGUUAUUUUGUGUAAGCAUUCUUAUUCAUCUUCAUUCUGAAGAAUAAUUGUACUCAUCUCAUGUUCGCUCUGUCCCUCUCAUUCUCUUUCUCUCCCUAUUUUUCUUCCCUUCAAUCUUGUUACCAAUAUGCCACUUCUUGUACUGUGACAAAGAAAUCACUCAUAAUUUAUACUUUAUCCCUUCCAUUAAUACUCAUGAGUAUUCUGAAUUAUUGGUUGGUGAUGUUAAAUAAUCUUUCGUUUUGCAAACUU